CUGUUUCCUCUGGUAGUACACUACGUUAAUUCACAAGAGAUAAGAAAAUAGUUUUUUUUUGUGAUGUCUAGUUUAUGAUUUUAUUCUUUUGAAAAUAAUUUACACUAAUUUAGUGGUACAGACUUAUAAAACGGAUAGCUUAUGUGUCAAUGACAACGGUUUUGGCUGUUAAGCUAACAUAGCUUAUAGCUUUGUUAUUGCAACUUGCUUUUUUAAAAUUUGAAGUUUUUUCCACUCAGAUUAAGUGGAUACAGACAAAUGUCCAAGGCUGAGAGGCUUUAUAAGAUUUCUGACAUGUUGCUUUCCAAAUAAGUUAGUUAAACGAGUCUCUUUAUCUGUUGCAGGGUUAAUCAAACUCCAUUAUGAGUUAUGGAGAGUCAGAGUCUAACGAGAGUGGCCCUGCUGGCCUGCGGGUCCUUUAACCCCAUCACCAAUAUGCACCUGAGGAUGUUUGAGCUGGCCCGUGAUCACCUGGAAGACACAGGUCAGUACAGUGUAGUAAAGGGAAUCAUCUCUCCAGUGGGUGAUGCCUAUAAGAAGAAGGGUUUGAUUGAAGCCAGCCACCGUGUGGAGAUGGCUAGACUCGCCACAGAGAGCUCAUCCUGGAUCAAAGUAGACACUUGGGAGAGCUUCCAGCCGGAGUGGCUGGAGACGGCUAAAGUUGUUCGACAUCACUAUGAGGAAAUGCUCUCAGCUGAGCACAACAGCGAUGAUGUGGACACAGUCAAGUAUGGAAAAAAGAGACGGGUUGAGGAGAAUUGCUUUGAGGGUUCAGUCCAUCAAAAGAAAAGAGACGGUCCUCAGCUCAUGCUGCUCUGCGGAGCCGAUGUCCUGGAAUCGUUCGGGAUUCCCAAUCUGUGGAAGCAGGAGGACAUCGCUGAGAUCGUGGGCCGCUACGGUUUGGUGUGCAUCACCCGCAGUGGCAGCGACCCUCACAAGUUCAUCCACCAGUCCGACGUCCUGUGGAGGCACCGCAAGAACAUCCACAUCGUCCACGAAUGGGUGACCAAUGAGAUCUCAGCCACUCACGUGCGCCGCGCGCUGCGCCGAGGCCGGAGCGUCAGAUACCUGCUGCCGGACAGCAUCGUCCACUACAUUCAGGAGCACCACCUCUACAGCGCCGAGAGCGAGCAGAAGAACGCGGACGUGACCCUGGCUCCUCUUCAGAGAUACACGACGGCCUCCUCCAGCUGAAGGUUUUCUCACACGGCUGGACUUAACUUAACUGGACUGAGGUUUUUGGUGAGAUAGAAACAAAUAUGCAACCAUCCAGUUGAAGGAAGCCUCCACCAGGGCCUUCGUGGCAGAGCUGUGUCUCCGCUGGUGAAGAAGUUCAGACCGCAAACUGAGUGAAGCAUUUAGAAAUGGGUUGAAUUUGCACUAGGUUUGCAUGUUUUGAAGGUUUUCUUUCUGUUAAUACUAACUGAGCUCCGGUUCAUCUGAAUAGCUGCUGCCACUGCUGCAAGCAGAAAUGCUAUGUUGCUAUCGGAAAUGUACUCAAGAUUUUGUAAUGAACCCAUUUGAUGUUUACUACGCAAGAUGUGAUCAGGAACAAAGUGAGCCUUUUUAACACAACACAAUUACUUGUUUUACAGCCGACGCUGUGCUUUUUCAUUAACUCCCUCAGCCAAAAGCCUCAGGCGAUAGCCCGCCUUUCAACAUUCAGUGCUGCGGACUUUGAGAAAUAAUAAUGUGUGACAUGUAUAGCUCUGAAAAUAAAUAUUUUUCUUUAUUUUACACCUUCGCGUGCAUUAUUUCUACCACAAAAUAAUGGUGUCAUUAUAACAA